UCGAGUCUCUUCAAACAUAAUGGCCUUCCUCCCGCCUCGAAUGCCACCGCGUCCAUUUGCGCCACCUCCUCCAAAGGUAUCCCCGACCAUACCACCGCCACCGAAUCGCCGGAGCCCCCCACCACCCUCGCCAUCGAAGCAAGCACCACCUCCCCCACCACGCGGCAGACUCCCGCCACCGCCACCAACUCGCCGCAGCCCCCCGCCACCCCCACCUCCGAAGCAAGCGCCGCCACCACCACCAAGAAAGAUGGCCCCGCCUCCGCCGAAGCUGCCACCGCUACAGCCGCCUCCCACACCCGUCCGUCCUCCACCACCGGUGCCUCCGCCACCAAGCCCAAACCACACCGUUAUCAUCGUCGUGUUCGCCUCCCUCGGCGGCCUUCUUCUCCUCGCUUUCCUCGCGGCGGCACUGUUUUGCUGCAUCAAGAAGAGAAAGAAGAAGAUGGCCGCCAAAAGCGAAGCCGUGGACGUGGAGGACCAUGUGCAUGUCCACGAGACUGCCGUUCCAGGACCCCAUGGCCAACAACUGGCGACCCUGUCGAUCGACGAAGAUAUCAAAGUCCAUGAGGUGUUCAAGAAGGGCACGGUGACCGGUGAAGCCUCACUUAGUGAGCCUGCAUCAGGGAAACAACGUUCGAGCAGCAGGACCGGCGGCGCUGGCCCUUCUGUGACAAGUCGCCACCACCUUCUUUAGCACAAAGGCUAGCAGACAACAGAAAUGGUCGCCAAAGCUCUGAGAAUCAUGCAUGAUUGUUGAAUAAGUGUGCUUAUUUGCUCGCCUGCCUGUUUACACCUCCAUUCAUUGUCAUCUGUUGUGUGUGUAUUGUGAUUAUUUAAGAGCUGUAUUCAUUUGGAAAUAAGUAA